AUGUUGUAUUUGUAUCCUACUACUGAUAGAAUAGAUGCUAAGGUUGAGGUGAUUAAAUCUUGUAGUGGACAAACGGUUGGAAGUAUUAGUACUGGAGGAACACUUGGAAGUAUUAGUAGUGGAGUAGAAGUUGGUAGUUCUAAUGAUGCUGUUGCUGUUGUAGAAAGAGAAGAACCUUUGGAGGAAUUUUGUCGCCAUGCUGAAACUAGGUACUUGACAACGGGUUGGGCCAACUUGAUAUAUGAGGUUGGGCAAGUAUUUACUGGUGGUGUGAAGGAGUUUAGGGCAACUUUGCAGCGAUAUGCUAUUGAAAAUGGUUUUAUGUAUGAUCUUGUUAAAAAUGACAAGUAUCGUGUGACUGCAAAGUGUUCGAUUUCUAGCUGUGGAUGGUAUGUGCAUGCCAUUUUGGAUCGCUCAAGCAGAGAGUUUUGGAUUAAGAAACUGGUAAACGAGCAUGGUUGUGGUUCAACCUAUCGAACGAAUAAACAUAAACGGGUGACAUCUAGUUUAGUUGCUAGUGAGGUUACUAGUAUGGUUCAGAAAAAGAAUAACACAUCACCUAUGGAUCUGUUGGAUUUGUUUCUGGACAAGUACGGUUUGGAUUUAUCAUACCACCAUGCAUGGUUAGGAGUGGAAAAGGCUAGGGGGGAAAUAUUUGGAGACUAUGAAAGUUCAUUUGAUAAGUUGAGGGGGUACGUUGAAGCUGCCAAAAUUGCAAAUCCAGGGAGCUUAUUAAAGCUUGAAGUUGAUCCUGUCAGCAAGGAAUUCUCGAGGCUCUUUGUGUCGUUCAAUGCAUGUAUCACAGGGUUUAAUCAUUGUCGACCAUUCCUUUGCCUUGAUGGGACACAUCUCAAAGGCAGAUUCAAGGGGUGUCUUCUUGCUGCCACAGGAAAAGAUGCAGAUCAAGAUAUUCAUAUCUAUUUAUCUGCUUGUUCUAUGAUUGGUAUAAGACAGAACCUAGUAAUGGUUGGCCUGAGAAGUGAGCACCUUGUCUCUAGACAGGCACUUUGUGUGACAUUUUGGGGUUUAUUUCCCCUGGCGUUUGCUAUUGUGAAUGCAGAAAAUGAUUGUAAUUGGUUAUGGUUUCUUCGGAUUUUAAAGACUAUCUUGUCUACACGGCCUAUUACUUUCAUUAGUGAUCGCAACCAUGGUCUCGUGAGUAACAUACCAACUGUUUUUCCUGAUUGUCAUCAUGCUUACUGUUUGUAUCAUCUUCAAUUCAAUUUGAAGGAUCACUUCCCUGGACGGUUUCGAAAGGGUUAUCGAAAUAGGUUGGUUAAAUUGUUUAAUGCUAUCGCUUAUGCUCCAUCGGUAUCAGCUUAUAUGAUAUGUGAGGCUAAGUUCUACGAGCAUGGGGGAGAUAAGGCCAAGACGUUUAUUGCAAGUGUUCCAAAACAACAUUGGACUAAUGCUUAUUUUCAAGGGCAUCAAUACGGAGAGAUGAGUUCUAGUGCUAUUGAGUCCUUCAAUAACUGGAUACUUGAUGCACGGCUUAUGCCGAUAAUGAAUUUAGUUGAAGAGUUGAAGUCCAAAAUUAUGAUUCAAAUGUCGCGUAGAAGAGAAGAAGCAUCGCGUUGGGUUUCUCAGAUUUGUCCGGACAUGGAUGCAAAGUUAGCUAAGAGGAUUGACAAGGGGAGGUCGUGGAGGGUUUAUAAAUCAAAAACCAGCUUGUAUGAGGUGAAAUCUGUACCUGCUGUUCUAGUAAAUCUUGAGGAAGGGACAUGUUCUUGUGGAGCCUGGCAAUACAAUAGUUUCUUAUGUGCUCAUGCCGCAACGGUGUUAGUCAAGACUUGUGGAGCGGAGGGAUCCUUGGCUGGUUACAUUGAUCCGUUUUAUCAUGUUGAGGCAUAUCGGCUCACAUAUCAAGAUAAUAUCCAUCCAAUUCUAGCUAUGGAUAUUCCUGACUUCACACAAGGAAGUACUCGGGUUAUCAAAGCUCCAAAAAAUAGAAUGCAAGCUGGAAGACCUUGCGUAAAGCGCAUUCGUUCUAGGGGUGAAGAACAAUCCUCUGCUAGGCCAAUGAAAUGUGAGAGGUGCCACAAGCUUUCUCACCACAACCGCAGGACAUGCAAAGGGGCUACGGAUGAUUGA